UGGGAGUGCAAGAGGGCUGGCAGAACUAGCCCGGAGAAGACCAUCCCGCCUGCCGACCCCACCACCACCAUUCGCUCUCGUGCUUCCCCCUCACUUUGCCAACCUGGGGCACGGAUAUCCCCACCGCCUGCAGAGGGAACAGCCAAAGCAGCAGCAUCCUCUGCAGACGAGCCGCAGGCAACGCAGCAGCCGCUUUCUUCCCCCGGGUGCGGGAGCUGACUGGCCCACUUUUCUUCUUUACCGCGACGCCUCUCACCCCACCCCAACCUACCCCACCCGACCCCACUUAGUGGUCAGUAUUAGCCUGGGGCUCCGGGGCACCUCGCGUCUGCGCUUUGCUAGUGGGGCUUCACCUGCCCUGGGCGGGUGUCCUGGCUACGGGAAAGAGAAGGCUCAGAUCAGACAUUCACUCGUUCCACUUCCCCUGCCUCCACACUUGGCUUAGUGGAGUUUGUCCGCGACCCCCAAAGAGUGGGUAGGUGACUGCCACUGACAGACUGGUCAGCAGCCUACUGCCCCAGCCAGCCCCGAGCCUGCUCCCUGGGCUCCCCCCGCCUUGACGCUCUCUUGCUCCUGCCCUUCCGAGACCCGAGACCCGAGACCCGAGCCUCCCCGCCUUCCCCUUUCCUCCGAAGGCCGGGUUAGCCCGCCUCCCCCGGCUUCAUUUUGGCCCCCUCGGCCCCACAGCCACUACCCAGGCUCCGCCAUGCUGGGGCUCCGCCGGGACCGGCUGCUGACCCUGCUGCUGCUCGGGGCGCUGCUCUCUGCGGACCUCUACUUCCACCUCUGGCCCCAAGUGCGGCUCCAGCUGCUGCCACGAAGAGGUCGGGGGGGCUGCUCUUGCCCAGACUCAGCUGGCGACCCCUCCGCCCCGCCCCCAGACUCCGCGGCUGCCACAGCCUCCCGCCCCAGCAAAGCUGCACACAACUUUUCCCAAGUCCAGCCAGGCGAACGGAGCGAUGAGCAGGGCGGCCGCAGCGCUGACCGCCAGGACCUCCCCUCCAAGCUGCAAAGCCUCUUUGCCCACCCGCUAUACCGCACCGUCGAGGAGCCGUCUCUGCAGGGACCCGAGGACACGCUGCUGUCCAGCCGGGAAGCGCUACGCUAUUACCUAAGAAAAGUGGCCCGUUGGAACAGACGUCAAAAGACAUACAGAGAGAAGCUCAACCAGACCUCCCCAGAGGCACCAGUACAGUUCCAACACGAGGCCAGCUGGGUCCAGUUCCAACUGGGCAUCAAUCGCCAUGGAUUGUACUCCAGAUCGAGUCCAACUGUCAACAAACUCCUUCAUGACAUGAGGCACUUCCCUACCAUCAGUGCUGAUUACAGUCAGGAUGAGAAGGCUUUGCUGGGGGCAUGUGACUGCACCCAGAUUGUGAAGCCCAGUGGAGUCCACUUGAAAUUGGUUCUGAGGUUCCAAGACUUCGGGAAGGCAAUGUUCAAACCCAUGAGACAGCAAAGGGAGGAAGAGACACCUGAAGACUACUUCUACUUCAUUGAUUUUCAAAGGCACAAUGCUGAGAUCGCAGCUUUCCAUCUGGAUCGGAUUCUGGAUUUCCGUCGUGUCCCCCCAACUGUGGGGAGACUGUUGAAUGUCACCAAGGAAAUUUUGGAGGUCACCAAGAAUGAAAUCCUGCAAAGUGUUUUCUUUGUCUCCCCAGCCAGCAAUGUGUGCUUCUUUGCUAAGUGUCCUUAUAUGUGCAAGACUGAAUAUGCUGUCUGUGGCAACCCUCACUUGUUGGAGGGCUCCCUCUCAGCGUUCCUGCCAUCUCUCAACCUGGCCCCAAGACUGUCUGUGCCCAGCCCAUGGAUCCGAUCUUACUCGCUGGCAGGAAAAGAGGAGUGGGAAGUGAAUCCACUGUAUUGUGACUCAGUGAAGCAAACUUAUCCUUAUAAUAGCAGCAAUCGACUCCUCAACAUCAUCGACAUGGCCAUCUUUGACUUCUUAAUAGGAAACAUGGACCGUCACCAUUAUGAAAUGUUCACUAAGUUUGGGGAUGAUGGGUUCCUCAUUCACCUGGAUAAUGCCAGAGGGUUUGGACGACAUUCUCAUGACGAGCUCUCCAUCCUCUCACCCCUUUCCCAGUGCUGCAUGAUAAAAAAGAAAACACUAUUGCACCUGCAGCUGCUGGCCCAUCCAGACUACAGGCUGAGUGACGUGAUGAGGGAGUCACUUCAAGAAGACCAACUCUCUCCAGUCCUCACAGAGCCCCACCUUCUUGCCCUGGACAGGAGACUACAAAUCAUCCUAAAGACAGUGGAAGGGUGCAUAGGGCUUCAUGGAGAGCAGAAUGUUAUAGCCACUGAACCAUCAGAACUUUUGGCCCCAAACUCUGACCAAAUACAUUUGGCAAGCUAGGGGCUGGAGGUAAAAGUGGUAACAUCGGAUUUAAGAAAAGGUCCCAGGAGACAGGCAGUGGACUAAUUAUCAGUUUCACCUGUUGCCUCUAUUGCUAGUCCAUGCUGAGACAUCACAGUCUCAAAAAAAGAGUCACGAGCUCAGUUGAUUCCAAUGCAGCAACAAAAGUCUCCUGAUUUUGAACUUCACUCUGAGGCAAUACUUCUAUGGCAAGCUGCUGCCUUAUUUUCCCUAGACAGCAGGAACUCCACAGAGCUCACAAUAUUGCCCCUUGGGCUAACAUACGGCAUGAACCCCGGGGGAGAAAUGGGUCUAAAUCAGUUAUCCUCAUAUGGAGGUUUUGAGAGUUUUGACACUUGACUCCUGGUUAAGGGAAUUAACACAAACAAGAGGCUUUGAAUAAAAAGACAACAAAUUAAGUGUA